UUCAACUUUCUCUCUCUAAAUAUAUAUAUAUGCGCAUCUCUUUCUCCCUUUCUCUCUCUAAUUUUUCAAGCGCCAUACGUUUAUGACUAGGCUAGCUUUUUCACAAGACGGGAUUUUUUCUUUCUUCUUUUUUUUAAGCAUUGAGUGUAAUGGAGAGUCAUGGUACGUCCCCGAGGUUGCGCAAUCCAGUCCACAACUGAAACGGUAGAGAGAGAAGCCAUUUUUUUUAAAGCAAGAAGGGGACUCACUCAAAGCGUCUUACACGUGAUAAAGAAAACACCAAAAGCAUUUGCAUGCGUGUAUAAAGAUUCAUCAUCAUCAUCAUCUCUCUUUCACUCUCUUCUUCCUCUCUCUCGCUCUCCUCUUUCUCUGUUUCCUCAUCACCAUCAUCAUCUCUCUUUCGCUCUCUUCUUCCUCACUUUCUUUCUCCUCCUCCUCCUAUGUUGAGGGAUAAAUCUGAACCCUCCACAAAAACCCAUCUCCUUUUAUUAUUCCCCCUUUUACCUUCUCUUUUUUAAUUACUUCACUUUCCCUGUCUCCUCCACCUCCUCUUUUUAAUACCUCUUUCCCCUGUAAAGUAAAGCUCUUGACAGUUUCAAGCAAGGUAACUCAAGUGAGAGUCUAUGGCGGGUUAGUUUCGUUGGUUGGACGAAAUAGUCCUUAAUCCAUGGUUUGGACCGAUUUAGUCGAGUCUAAAAAGCAGAGAAACAGAAGCCCGUGUUUUUGUAUGCGCCAUUUGGUGAAAACUCGCUUUCUUUUUGAAUAAGUAGAGAAAGAAAACCAAUCAUGCCUAUAAGGCAAAUGAAAGACGGCUCAGAGCAGCACUUUGUAAUCAAAACCCACCUCCAAAACUCCAUGAAUCCCACACAAAAACAUCCCAAAGCUACCCAAAAUGGUAAAGGACCACCACCCCAAGAACAAUCCCACAAUAACAAACCCCAUAACCAAGCAUCACCUCCAACGAGAAAUAGAGGAAGGAGGAGAGGCAGAGGUGGCAGGAAAUCUGAUCAAGGAGAUGUCUGUAUGAGACCGAGUUCCAGGCCUUGCACAGUUGCACUUAAGUCCGUCAACCCGGCUGGUGAUCUUGUACCAAGCAACCAAAUUAAGUCUAUUGAAAAUGUUGAGAGUGUGUGUCAAAUGGAAACGGGUUUUCCUACUUCAAGCAAGUCUUUGAGUUUCGCACGUAGGCCUGGUUAUGGACAAAUUGGGACAAAGUGCAUUGUCAAGGCUAACCAUUUCUUUGCUGAGUUAAAUGAGAAAGAUUUGAACCAGUAUGAUGUCACAAUAACUCCGGAGGUGCCAUCAAGAACUGUGAACAGAGCAAUUAUAGCAGAGCUUGUCAGAUUAUAUAAAGAAUCGGACCUAGGAAUGAGACUACCUGCUUAUGAUGGCCGAAAGAGCUUGUAUACAGCUGGCGAACUUCCCUUUGCUUGGAAAGAGUUUACCAUUAAGCUUAUAGAUGAAGAGGAUGGAAUCAAUGGCCCCAAAAGGGAAAGAGAAUACAAAGUGGUCAUUAAAUUUGUAGCUCGAGCCAACAUGUAUCAAUUAGGACAGUUUCUAGCGGGUAAGCGAGCAGAUGCACCACAAGAAGCUUUGCAAAUUCUUGACAUUGUGCUGAGGGAGCUCUCAAACAAGAGAUAUUGCCCUAUUGGAAGGUCAUUCUUCUCUCCUGAUAUUAGAAACCCGCAACGCCUUGGUGAGGGUUUGGAGUCAUGGUGUGGCUUUUAUCAGAGUAUUAGGCCUACACAGAUGGGCUUGUCCUUAAAUAUUGAUAUGGCUUCAGCUGCAUUUAUUGAGGCUCUCCCUGUGGUAGAGUUUGUAGCCCAGCUUUUGGGAAAGGAUGUUUUAUCAAGGCCAUUAUCUGAUUCUGAUCGUGUGAAGAUUAAGAAGGCUCUUAGGGGAGUAAAAGUGGAGGUUACACACCGAGGAAACGUGAGAAGGAAGUACCGUGUUGCAGGAUUGACAUCCCAGCCAACAAGAGAACUAGUGUUUCCCGUUGAUGACAACUCUACCAUGAAGUCAGUUGUUGAGUACUUCCAAGAAAUGUAUGGCUUCACCAUUCAACAUACACAUCUGCCUUGUCUUCAAGUAGGAAAUCAAAAGAAGGCAAACUAUUUGCCUAUGGAGGCCUGCAAAAUUGUUGAGGGACAGAGAUAUACAAAAAGGUUGAAUGAGAAGCAAAUUACUUCCCUUUUGAGAGUUACUUGCCAGAGACCUAGGGAUCGGGAACAUGAUAUUUUGCAGACAGUUCAACAUAAUGCUUAUGAUCAAGAUCCUUAUGCAAAGGAAUUUGGAAUCAAGAUCAGUGAAAAACUAGCUUCUGUUGAGGCUCGCAUUCUUCCUGCUCCUUGGCUUAAAUAUCAUGAAACUGGAAAGGAAAAGGAUUGCCUGCCCCAAGUUGGCCAGUGGAAUAUGAUGAACAAGAAAAUGAUUAAUGGGAUGACUGUAACGCGAUGGGCCUGUAUUAACUUUUCACGUAGUGUACAAGAGAGUGUUGCUCGUGGGUUCUGCCAUGAACUUGCGCAGAUGUGCCAAGUGUCUGGCAUGGAAUUCAAUCCAGAGCCUGUCAUUCCAAUCUAUAGUGCCAGGCCAGAGCAAGUGGAGAAAGCUUUGAAGCAUGUAUACCAUGCAUCCAUGAACAAAACUAAAGGAAAAGAAUUAGAGCUUCUAUUAGCUAUCUUACCUGACAAUAAUGGGUCCCUGUAUGGUGAUCUUAAGCGAAUCUGUGAAACUGAUCUAGGUUUAAUAUCACAAUGCUGUCUCACAAAACAUGUCUUCAAGAUCAGCAAGCAAUACCUGGCUAAUGUGUCCCUAAAAAUUAAUGUUAAGAUGGGUGGUAGAAACACUGUUCUUUUGGAUGCUAUCAGUUGCAGAAUUCCUUUAGUUAGUGAUAUACCAACUAUAAUAUUUGGAGCAGAUGUAACCCACCCAGAGAAUGGGGAAGACUCCAGCCCGUCGAUAGCUGCUGUAGUAGCUUCUCAAGAUUGGCCGGAGGUUACUAAAUAUGCUGGGUUAGUUUGUGCUCAAGCUCACAGACAGGAACUCAUACAAGAUUUGUACAAAACGUGGCAGGAUCCUGUUCGUGGCAAUGUUAGCGGUGGCAUGAUCAGGGACCUUCUUGUUUCCUUUAGGAAGGCAACAGGGCAGAAACCAUUAAGGAUUAUAUUUUACAGGGAUGGUGUAAGUGAAGGGCAAUUUUAUCAAGUUCUACUUUAUGAGUUAGAUGCAAUUCGAAAGGCUUGUGCCUCUCUAGAACCAGAUUAUCAACCACCAGUUACUUUCAUUGUUGUACAAAAGCGGCACCAUACUCGAUUAUUUGCAAGCAACCACAGAGACAGGAGCAGCACAGACAAGAGUGGGAACAUUCUGCCUGGCACCGUGGUUGAUUCAAAAAUCUGUCAUCCAUCAGAAUUUGAUUUUUACCUCUGUAGCCACGCUGGUAUUCAGGGGACUAGUAGACCAGCUCACUACCAUGUGCUAUGGGAUGAGAACAAUUUUACAGCAGAUGGGAUGCAGUCUUUGACAAACAACCUCUGUUAUACCUAUGCAAGAUGCACCCGCUCUGUCUCCGUUGUCCCUCCAGCAUAUUAUGCACAUUUAGCUGCUUUUCGUGCUCGAUUCUACAUGGAACCAGAGAUGCAGGAGAAUGGGAUGACAGGGCAUGCUGCUAAGGGCACACGACCAGCAGGAGAGUCAGGAAAAGUCCGGCCAUUGCCUGCACUAAAGGAGAAUGUGAAGAGGGUAAUGUUUUACUGCUAAGAAUGUUGAUGUGAAGUUUCCAGGAGAUGCAGCAAAACAAAUACCUAGUCAAUUUGUCGUGUCUGUAUAAUUGUUACUUCUUCUAUCGCAGUAGUCUUUAGCUCAGUUAUUGUAAGGUGCAAAGCUUGUAGUUUAGGGUUCUCCAAUCCAAUUGGAUGGCAGUUUGAUUCUCCAAUCCAGUGUCCCUCAUGGCCCUGGAUAAGAUGCCAAGGUGGGCUAUAUAUAUAUAUAUAAAAAGAAAAUCCAUCAAUCUAUAUGUAGGAAAUUUUGCCCCAGCUCUAAAAUGUUAACAUGGUAGUUUAGAUGGACAUAUUCCUGAGUUAACUUGGUUAGUGGCCGCUUUUCAAUUUGCAAGCUCAAUAAAUUGCUGUUUA